CCGGUUCCCACGGCGGCCGGGGUGGUGCAGUGCGGGACGCUCGCCGGGAUCCUUACUCCCCCAGGGCCUCCAGGUGAGCGCCGGGAGGUGGCAGCGCUGAUUCUCCCGGGCCGGGCUCCGCGCCUCUGCUCCCGGAGCUGCCGCCCGAUCGCCUGGGGACAGGGACAGCCGUCGCGCUCGGACCUCCGCGGGGACCCCUCCCGAAAGGGUGCGCAUAGCCAUGGAGGGCGCAGAGCUGGUUGGGAAGAUCUUUUUCACCUGGCUGACGCUGGUGCUCGGCCUCAUACUCCUGCCUUCGGCCUUCGGGGUGUCUCUGGGCAUCUCAGAGAUGUACAUGAAGAUCCUGGUGAAAACUUUAGAGUGGGCCACGUUACGAAUUGAAAAAGGAGUCCAAAAGGAGUCAGUUCUUAAAAACUCAGCUUCUGUUGGUAUUAUCCAAAGAGAUAAGUCACCCAUGGAAAAAGGGCUCUCUGGUCUGCGAGGAAGGGACUUUGAGCUGUCUGAUGCGUUUUAUUUCUCCAAGAAGGGAUUGGAAGCCAUUGUGGAAGAUGAAGUGACCCAGAGGUUCUCCUCAGAGGAGCUAGUGUCAUGGAAUCUCCUCACAAGGACCAAUAUAAAUUUCCAGUACAUCAGUCUGCGGCUCACCAUGGUGUGGGUGCUGGGCGUCAUAGUACGCUACUGUUUCCUAUUACCUCUGAGGGUUACCUUGGCUUUCAUUGGGAUCAGCUUGUUGGUUAUUGGAACUACAAUGGUUGGGCAGCUUCCAGACAGCAGCUUCAAAAACUGGCUAAGUGAGCUGGUUCACCUGACCUGCUGCCGGAUCUGUGUGCGCUCCCUCUCUGGGACCAUUCAUUAUCACAACAGGCAGUACAGACCCCAGAAGGGAGGCAUUUGUGUUGCCAACCAUACCUCCCCAAUAGAUGUUUUGAUCUUAACAACGGAUGGAUGCUAUGCUAUGGUUGGACAGGUUCAUGGUGGAUUGAUGGGAAUUAUUCAGAGAGCUAUGGUUAAGGCUUGCCCACAUGUCUGGUUUGAACGCUCAGAAAUGAGGGAUCGACACCUGGUUAUUAAGAGACUACAAGAACACAUUACUGAUAAGAAAAAAUUACCCAUAUUAAUCUUUCCUGAAGGAACUUGCAUCAAUAAUACUUCAGUCAUGAUGUUUAAAAAGGGAAGCUUUGAAAUUGGAGGAACCAUAUAUCCAGUUGCAAUUAAGUAUAACCCUCAGUUUGGCGAUGCCUUUUGGAACAGUAGUAAAUACAACAUGGUGAGCUACCUGCUUCGAAUGAUGACCAGCUGGGCCAUCGUCUGUGAUGUGUGGUACUUGCCUCCCAUGACGAGAGAGGAAGGAGAAGAUGCCGUCCAGUUUGCUAAUAGGGUUAAGUCUGCUAUUGCGAGACAAGGAGGAUUGACUGAGCUUCCCUGGGACGGUGGGUUGAAGAGAGAAAAGGUGAAGGACACUUAUAAGGAAGAGCAGCAGAAGAACUACAGCAAGAUGAUUGUUGGCAAUGGAUCUCUCAACUCUGAUUCAGACUGAUUGCCACUCUGGACAUAAAGCUUGGCUUCCCAGACUAGUCCUUAGAAUGGAGUGUGUGUGCGUGUGCGUGUG